AUGUCGUUUCGGGAUGACUCGCGCCGUUACGGCCACGUCCCCCCGGCCCAGUAUCCUGUCCCAGGCCAGCCGCAAGACCAGACUAACCACGUCCCGAGACGGCCGAGCUUCAGCAAUGGCGACGAGUCCUCCUUCUUCGACGCCAGCCCUAGCAACACGCAACAAGGUUAUCCGAGCGGUGCUGGAAGAGGGAACGAAGAACUCUUCUUGAGCACGCCAACCGAGUCCCAAUCCCCGCAGAGCAUGCGGCAGGGUUACUCGGCCCCGAGCCCUGCCAUGGCAGGCUAUCAGCAUCAAUUCCAGGGCCAAGCUCCGUCGAGCGCGACACAACCAACAUACAACCCCCAGCAUUUUGCUCGCACGCAGUCAGCCUCGCUCCCCUACCAUCCCCACCCGGUCUCGGGAUACUCUAACCCAGCGAGUCCGACAUAUGGGUCAGCCCCGGCACCAUCAGCACCGGCUCCCCCGCAUCAACCGGCAUCGGCACCGGCAGUGGCUUCUCCUAACCCGGCGAGUUAUUCUCCUCAUCAGACCUAUAACCCGGCCGCCUACGCGAACACGAACGUCCCGCAGAGGAACGCGACUGUCUCGGGAUUUACAAACUACGGCUAUGGCUACAACUCUCCCGCUAGCUACAGCUCUCCCGCUGUUCCACAAGUUCCCACCUUUGGGCAGCAGCCACCGGCCAGGGCAUACAGCACUUCCCAGGUGAGCCACGCACCGCCUCCGCCGGCACAACCAGGCUAUGAUCCAUCCAUACCCAGCCCGCAAUAUCCCCCGUCCUCGGCGGGAGCGUCGGCUCCCUCCCCUCGCUACGAUCAGUCAUACUCCCCUGCCUACUCAGGCCAAUAUUUUGGGUCACAUUCGCCGAACGGUGUCAACCCCGCCCCAACCUCGUCCUACUCUAAUGUCACACCGCCCCAACCCCCGUACCCGGCCUACACGCAGAUACCCGUUGGCCCCAACUACUCAGUGGCAGACCCCAACUCCUUCAUGAGUAGGAGCUCGCGGUCGAAUUCGGUGGAAUCCCCUUCGCCGUCGGGCCAUUCUCAAUCUUCCCCUGGUCUCCAGAGGCAUCCCACCAACGCCCCACUGCCUAGCCGGCCGAUGGAAGAUGUCCCGGAGGAGCCGGACUGGGUAACGAAUGGUCAACCAGGAGGCGACGAUGUCGCCCAAGAAUAUUAUACCCAAGACAGCCUCAUCCAGGACAUAGUCUCCGAUCUGGGAGUGUCGCCGAACUCGCAACACCCUCGGCCCGCCAAUGGGGUCGUGACCGAUGGCGACAUGGAAAUACUGCGUCGCUAUGACUCAGCCGCGUCGACCAUAAAUACCGCCGCAGAUGGCUCUGGCGGCUCCGGCGUUACCAGAUUCUCCUCAAACGCGUCGACCGCGGCCAGAAAUGACCAGCGGGCAUCGUACGAUUGGGACGACGACGAGAGCGACCCUGAGGCAGUUGCGGGCUUGUUGGCCAUGCAAGAGGCCGCCAUGGAUGAGCAGAGGUUCAGCAGCCUUCCGACCUUCCCAUACGUGGAGCGGGCUCAGGCUCCUCCCCUACCCCCGCCACCCGAAGAACAGGAGAGCACGGAUAGCGACUUUGGGGGGGGGAUGGAUCUCGGCCUGUACGGGGGCGGCUACGCUGGGACUCUCCACUACGGCAAUGAGCUCGGCUCGCCGCCAGCCACGGCAUCGACCCACGACGGGUCUCGCCCGUUGCCGACGCUGCAGGGACGUGGCAGCGAAUCCUAUCCGGCCUUCUCGGCGGUGUCGAUGGAUUACGGUGGCACCGGGGGUCUCUUGGCGCCUCAGAGGCACCGCCUCAGCUUUGAUGAAGGAGACGAGCAGGUCUCUGUCCAUUCGCGUCUGAGCGGCAGCGAGUCGCCCCUCAAGGAGGAUUAUCCCGACAUGUUCUAUCACCCGGGGCUCUCGAACAGGCCGCUCCCUGCAAUCCCCCCCGGCUCAGAUAGCAGUUCGUUGCUGUCCGUUCAAACGUCGAAUCGCCCGCCGUACCAACACGGUUAUUCGCUCUCUGCUGACUCGAGGCACUUAUACCCUGCCGAGGCGCCGGAAGCCUAUCUUGGCCAGAACAUGAACCAACAGCAAUUUGAGCGUUCUAUCUCCCUAUCUAGCCAUAGCCACACCCCUCAGAUCCAGACCCCGGCAAGAUCCAGAACCGAUGCCGCCGAAGAGCGUAGGAAGGCAACGAGGCACAUGACCCAGCAACAGCAACAGCAGCUAGCGGCACAGCAAGGUGUCGCAUACGAGGGCUACGAUACGGGUACGCCACCAUCCCUCGCGGCCUAUGAUAUGAUCACCCUGCCGACUGGUCGUAAGCGGAAAUUCAGUCCAUCGAAGCUCACUCCUGCCGACAUCAAGCGCUGUGCGGAGCCUUGGGCCCUGAGUGCGGUGACCGCUUGGGUUCGUGAGAUGGCCGAGGGCGACCCCGAGGUCAAGAGGAAGACUAUCGAGGAAGGCCUCGUCAAGCUCUUCUGCGCCAAGGUCCCGACCAUGAACGUGGCCGACGCCGAAGUCCUCAGUUCCAUGGUGGUGGAUUCCAUGUUUGCAGCGGGCAUCCUCCUACCAGAGGAGGAAUGGGUCAAAUUCGGGCCGGGCUCCAUGUCCGGCGUGCUGUGGCAGCUCACCGGAUCUGGCUGCUAUGCGCCGAAGCUGCACGAGAAUGAAUCUCAAGCCUCCAGGUUGCACGACAAGAGCAUCCCAGUCAGGUGUUACUCACACCACUGCGGCCGCACCUUGAAGAAGGCCAACUUGGAUCAUAUGAUGUCCGAGGAGGAGGACAAGGCCGUGGACUGGGCAGAGUUCUACGGAGUGACGCCGGCGGAGAUGGAGAGAAGGGGCAAGAAGGAAGUCGAGCGACAAAACAUCCUGCACGAGAUCAUCACGGGCGAGGAGGGGUACAUGAACCAGCUCGACGUCCUCCGCCUCCUCUACAAGGACCAUCUGCGCGCCUGCCAGCCUCCGAUCAUCGCGGCCAACAAGCUGGACAAGUUCAUCGACGCAGUCUUCGGAAAGGUCGAGGCUGUCCAGCAGAUCAAUAAGGAACACCUGCUCGCGCAGCUCAAGUAUCGGCAAAAGGAGCAGGGGCCGUGGAUUCUGGGCGUCAGCGACCUCUUCCGAGAAUGGAUCCGGAAAGCACGGCCCGUCUACAUCGCAUACUCGUCGGCUUUCCCCAACGCGUCAUUCCUGAUCCGCAAGGAAGCGGACAGGAACCUGCUGUUCCGCCACUUCUUGGGCGUUGUGCGUGACCAUAAGCGCUCGAAGCGGCUGGAGUGGACGACCUUCGUCAAGGCGCCCAUCACCCGCCUCCAGCGGUACGGUUUGCUACUGGAGACCCUGAAGAAGACCAUGAAAGUGGAUAGCGAGGAGAAGACGAACCUCACUAGGGCAUUGGACGAGAUCAAAGCCGUCACCCACGAGUGCGACGAGAAGGUGGAUGAGAUGACAAAGAAGGUCGCAUUGCUCGAACUGCAGACUAUGCUCGUCCUCCGACCCGGUUUCCACUCGGUGCUGAACCUCGACCACCUUGGGAGGGAGUUGAUUAAGCAAGGCGACCUCCAGAGGCAAGGUUCGAAGGGCGUUCGCUGGGUUGACACGCAUGCGCUCCUCUUCGACCACUACUUCAUCCUAUCGAAGGCAGUUAAUUUGAAGGACGACAAGGGCGCAAAGAAAUAUGACGUGUCCAAAGAGCCGAUUCCAAUGCCUCUGCUGUUCUUGGAGAGCAUGAAUGACGAUCCCGUCUCGAAGCAGAAGGGCCUGACGGCCCCGCUAGCUCGUACGAGCGCCGCGACUGGUUCUGGCACCCAGCUGAACAAGGUGAAUUCGAACGGUGCCGACCGUCCCGGGCUGGAGCAUACGACGACGGGCUCGUCACUGGGAUCCCUGUCUACCGUGACUCGCCUGGCGACGCCGUCGGCCGCAGAUCCUGAAGGCAAGAUCAUCUACCCCUUUCGAAUCAAGCACCUGGGCCACGAGGUGUACACGCUCUACGCGUCUUCACAGCAAGACCGGGAGGCCUGGUGCAACGCGAUAAUCGAGGCAAAGACGAGGCACGCACGCGCCCUCCAUGCGCAGAAUGCCGAGCCUUUCCGCCUCCGUGUCAUCUCGGACGGGGCCUUUGCCUAUGACCAGAUAUCGGCACUCGGCAAGCAGCCAGGGGUGUCCAUAAGGGGGACGCCGCUCGAUCGGGCCAUCCGGGAGAUGGAGAAGGUCUACGGACCCGGACGCGGCCCGCCGCCCGUCUGCCGCGCCCAGGUCAACUGCGCGACUGCUUUCAACGCGUACGGCAAAUCCCUCAUCGCCAUCGGCACCGACUUCGGCAUCUUCAUUUCCGAGGCGUCGAACCCGCGGGGCUGGACAAGGUCGGUGCAGGUCAACAGGGUGGCGCAGAUCGCGGUCCUGGAGGAGUUCUCGGUGUGCCUCGUCAUCGCGGACAAGUCGCUCAUCUCGUACCCGCUCGACGUGGUCGCGCCCGUGUCCAACUUCCCGGCGCCCGUCCACGACAACCCCAGGCGGGCGCCGCAGAGGCUCGCAAAGGACGUCGCCUUCUUCGCGACGGCGCGCAUGAAGGAGCGGAUGCUGCUCUUCUACAAGCGCAAGGAGGGCAUGCACAACACGUUCAAGGUCCUCGAGCCCGUCUUCCAGAAGGCGACGGAGAAGCGGCCGCGCAUCUUUGGCGGGCGCAGGGCCGGGUCGGGCAACACCGAGUCGUUCCGCGACUUUGACGAGUUCUACCUGCCGACCGAGUGCUUCUCGCUGAACCUGUUCCAGACCUACAUCGCGGUGGCGUCGGCCAAGGGCUUCGAGCUGCUGACGCUGGACAAGAAGAUUCCGCAGUCGAUACCGCGCGACAUCACGGCGCCGGCCAUCGCCAACAUCGCGUCGCGGAUCCGCGACCAGCGGCCGCUGGGCAUGUUCAAGCUCAACGACCAGGAGUUCCUCCUGACGUACGAGGACUGCGCCGUCUACGUGGACAAGCACGGCGAGGUGAGCCGGACGCUGAUCAUGGAGUACUCUGGCAGGCAGAAGAAGGCCAAGGGGGCGACCAUGUUCGGGCAGUACCUGGUGCUCUUCAACGAGGACUACGUCGAGGUGCGCAACGCCGAGAACGGGCGGCUGCGGCAGAUCAUCGCGGGCAGGGACGUGCGCUGCCUCGACUACGGGUUCAGGGGCCCCGCGGGGGCCGGGGCGGGCCAGAUGCCGUCGGGCCAGGAGUCCAGGGGCACCGUCAAGAUCUGCAUGAGCCACCCCGAGGUGACCGGCGGCCAGAUCGUCCUGGAGAUGCUACUGAAUGACGGGCACCGGGAGGAGCAGAGCAGGGCGGAUAAGAAUAUGUGA